AUGGUCAAAUCUUGGAAACCCUCGUGGCUGUACAGGACAGCGCGAUCUUCAUCUCCCGGAUACAAUGAGGGCGGGUUCAAAGACAGCUAUCAGAGAGACUCCGGAGAUGAAACCGAGUCAUUAACUAGCGCCCCUUACCAAUACCAGCAAGGCGAAGAAGAACAAACAGAAGAAAUAUGUGCAUAUCGCUUUCGAAAAUAUCUUCUCAAUUCCAGCAUCAUCGCCACGAUCGUCGCUACAUUCAUCUUCAUUGGACUGUUUAUUUCCUUAGGCUUAAACCAUAACAACACGAAGGAAAACGAUGAAAAUACUGAGAAGGCCCAGUAUAUCGUCGAAACACACGUCUCGUCACCAAGCAAGACCAACAAAAAGCCACAUCUCUGCGGCACUUCGGCGGCACAAGCCCGAGAAUUAGGGUGUACAUUUAACCAGCUGACCUGGGCGUGGUUGCCGCCCAAUUGUCCUUCCUACGAGAACGAACAAUUUUUAAAAGCUGAAGGCGAAGAACGGCAGUGGGUGUUUUACGAAGACCUGGCGCAAACCCGAGUCGUUGGUGCCGAUGCGUGGGAGCAGGUUCUUGACGGCGAGCUGAUGGUCUUCGGGGAAACAAGGGAACAUCUAACGCAUUGUGUCCUUCGCUUCCUGAGCAUCUCCCAGAUCAUCCGUGAUGGAACACCGUACUAUGAAAAGCUAGUAGAAUAUAAGCACUCAAAACACUGCGCAGAUUUAUUGUUAGAAACUCUGAGGACGGCGCCCGGGUGGAAUGAUUUGCAGACACUGGCAGCUACUGUGUCCUUUGAUCAGUAUUGUGACGAGCCCAAAUAA